AUUAAUUGAAUUACCUGUCCACAUGAUAUCAAUAUCAGGUGCUAAUUUAGAACCCAAUGUUAACAAAUAUUCAGAAUUUUGCACAUUAGGAACAGCACGAGCUGCACAAUAUUGUGUAGGGCAAAGAAGGAAUUUCGGUUGGUUUAAGUGGUGAUAGACAUCAUUUGUAACAGAGACCUAGCAGCAACAUAAAAAAAAAUAUAGUGUCAUCCUUAGUUUCUUAAUCAUGAAAGAUUAAAUAAAUACAAGAUUUACCUGAGCGUGCGCAAAUGAUUGGAAGACUUCUUUAUCAGCUUCUGACAUCUCUGGGUCAAUAUCAUCAAAUAAAAGGGCAAAGGCAACACAUCCAAACUGAGAAACUUGUUCUAAUUUCCUUUUCAAAGUAAGUACUUCCUUUGAAUUCGAAUAAGUAAUAUCCAAACCAGGAGAAAGGGCAUAAUAAAAAGUUACUCCAUUCUCAUUAGCAGAAGUUAUAAGACUUGUCAGAUGCUCGGCUUCUUCUACUGUAUACAAAUCACGCCAGUUAGCUCGGUGUUUAGAGUCAUCUUUUGGUGCAUAUACAUAGGAGUUCAUUCCCCACUUCUUCAGCCUAAAAAUUUGAGAUAAAUAAUGAUACUAAUUCUUCUUUAGAACAUACAAGAACGUGAAAAUAUCCUUACUUUUGAAAUAAAUCCUUUCUCUGCUCUGAUGUCCAUGGCCUGCCAUAAAAGCCUACAGGAAAAAAACUACACUUGAAAAUCACAUAGCAACUGGAAUUAACUGGUGUGAGCAAUAAAUAAGCAUGCUUUAUUUGCGAGAAUUAACAUUCCUUAACUAUAAACAAUCUAAGCAAAAAGAAAAAUUAAUAGAAAAAAGCUCUAAUUCCUUCAAAUGUUCAUUUUGCCAAGAAAGGAAAUUAUCCCGUUAUGUUUAUCAGAAAUAACAAUCAUAAUGUUUAACUUUUUCAACAUUUCACAUUAUCAUACAUGAAUCGGGUCUCUAGUUCGCAUUUAUUUUACCUUCAACAACUCCACAAAUAAAAUUUCCAUUUUUUGUAUUCAUAUUAUUGAUAAUAGGGCAGUCGUCAGCCAUUUUCUGUACACAUGUAGAACCUUACGAUCGAAGUAAGUUUAUAAUAAAAACAAGAGUGAAUAAUAUUAUAAUUCAAAUUAUUCUAAUUUUAAACAGAGUUUAUAAUUUUACUAAACCCUUUCUAGCCAAGCUGCGAGCAUAAUUUAAUUGAAAUUCAGUAAAAAGCAACCAAUAUGUGCGACAUGCUAACUGCAGUGGCAUAUUAUGAACUUGGAAUCAGUUGGCAAUGGGAACAGCUGGUAGAUGGGCGAAGAGAAAGUGACCAGUUUUAUUGAAUAGUUAUUCUUCUUCUACGUAUACAUUUCAUGUUAAGUUUAAUCUGUAAUAAUGGCUGUUGUUGGAGGAAAUCUGGAACUGAAGGACAUAUUUGAAAAAGAAAGGUUUCCUAAGUCUAAUUGGCAGUUUCUUUCUCUAGCUGUGUAUUUUCCAUUUGGACUUAUACUUGCUCUACUUAGAUUCUUUAUAGGUUUUCAUGCUUGUCUUGUAGGUCUUGUACUGACUCACACUCCCUUUAUAAGAAGUAUUGUGCUUCGAAUGCUAUGCCUUGUUUUGGGCAUCAAUGUUGAACAAGACAACAAACAUGAACGUGACAAGUCAACUAGAGUGAUAGUAUCAAACUGUGUCACUAAUUUUGAUUAUAUAGCAUUUCAUCUUACAACUGAUUGUGUGACACAUAAAAAGUGGAAUGGUGCCAUACCGAUAAAUCUUUUCCCAGGCUUACAUGAUUUUAGUCAGGAAGGAAACAUAUUAGAGAAUUUGAAGGGACAUGUCGAGAGGAGUGACACACCAUUACUCUUCCAACCUGAGGAAACAACUUCAGGAAAACACUGUCUUCUUAAGUUCAGCACAACAGCUGCAAAGAUAUCGAAGAGGGUUCAACCAGUAGCUGUAACUGUCGAACGCCCAUUAUGGGCUAACACUGCGACUACAGUACUUGGUACUUCUGCUCCCUAUGAUCUAUUUUGGUUCCUCUUCUCGCCAUAUACUGUCUUCAAAUUGAGAUACCUAAAUGUGCUUCAUAUGGAAAAAGAUGAAACAGAGGAUGCAUUUACUGAAAGAAUACAAUCUGCAAUAGCUGGAGCCUUAGGUUUUAGAAUUUCUAAUUUUAAUGCUGCUGAUAAAGCAGAAUAUGAGAAAAGGUAUAUUGAAGAAUCAAGGAGGUAUUCACAGCAACCUAUUGUGAGACCUGUUCCUCCGGAGCUCCUUAGAAUGUCUGCACAGGUUUCUGAAGUGCUGCCAUAUGUGCCUACAGAUGUUAUCCUCAGGGAUCUUGAUCGGACAAGAUCUGUGGGUAUGACAAUCUCAAAUAUUUUAGAAGGUGUUGUUUCUUACAUACCUCUGUCACCUCAGGUUCAAGCUCAAGGAAGGCCCAAUACAUCUAGUACUGGAAGUGUCCGCCCAAGCAGUGACCAGCCACCAAAAUCACAAUUUCCUAAAUCUUCUCAGGAUCGAAUGUCUUCAUUCCAAGAAAGGAAGGCCAAGAUGAUUGCCGAAGCGAGGAAGAGAUACAUAGAGAAACAUGGCCUUACCCAUCUUCUGUAGAUAUCUCUUUGUAUUUUUGCUUUCCUCAUUGUUUUAUUUCUGCAAUAAUAUUGAUACUGACACAACGGAAAAGAAAAAGUGGGCUAGAGAGCAAGAAACAAAUAUCUAACAAGACACCUGCCUGCCUUGGCUACUUUUUAAGAAUGUUCUUACCUCAUACGCAUGGACGCACAUGCAGUCUUCCCAUGGUUAACUUAACAAUGAUCACUUACCUUCUUUUGUAUCAAUAGAAGGCAUGAAGAUUUAAUGUCUUGUUACAAUCACCGUAUUCAAUGGGAAAGAACGAAAAAUAUGCUGUGAAAAUGAAGUCUCUUAUAACUGCUAAGAGGGAAUACGAUGAGGAAGAACCUCCAAAAAUCAAAACAAAAACAAAAAAUUGAAUUCUUAAAAAAAAUUAAAUAAUCUUUUAUACAUACAAAUUCAAUGUUUUCAAUUG